CGUGUUUUAUAUACAUUAUUGUUAUUUAAAGUAGAAAUCACUGAGAAUAUGUCCCCGUGGGCCGGGCUGUUAAAUUCCCCCGAGCUCCUCCACCCCCUCCGCUCUCUCUGAAUGGUUCGCUCCGCCGCUGCAGGUCUGUCUCCUCCGUAGCUUCGCGCCUCUGUCAGCCCGCAGGAUUUCCGACGUUACCGCGUGCUUCCUGUGCUUCUCUCCGACUAGAUACCGUUCGCAGCUCUGAAAUGAACGAGCAGCCUCUGACACCAGUGCAGGACUCGGAGGACUGUUCCCGGUCGUCUGUUACGGCUGCGUGUCCGUGUGGAGGCCGGAGGAUCAUCACAGCGGCUCCCCGGAUAUAUACCCAUUCAGGAUGAACCUGUCGGCGCGGCUCGUGUGACAGCCGGGAUGUGGUGAUGCGAAAGCGCGUGUGACGGUGUCAGGACACAGCGAGUGAACGCUAUACAGAAAGAGACUACAUCUGAUUAAAGAGGCAUUCCCCUUCUGCGCCAUAUUCCUGAUGCUCCUGCACGUUCUGCAAAAGCCUGGUCCUGCAUUUCUGACACGAUUCACUGGCUCUAAUUUGAUCUUGUCCGAGACUGCACGAGCAUCCCUCCACAAGCCAGGAUUUUUAACCCACUUGAUUCAACUGCCAUUGCAGGGACCACUUCCCCCAGAUCCAGUAGAAUUACUGUACUGGGAUAAAUGCUCUUCCUGAACGAGAUCUUUCAAGAAUAUGCCUUUUGCAUAACCUAUGAUAUGCUGCUGCUUCCUGAUGUUUGAAAGCCUGUAGAAUGCUUGAUCUGAAGAUGAAGGAAGCGUGUCGCAUCUGUGGACGUGAGCUCUGUGGUAACCAGAGGCGAUGGAUCUUCCACCCCACUGCCAAACUCAACCUACAGGUGCUGCUGUCCCAUGCUCUGGGCAGAGAGCUGACCCGAGAUGGCAGGGGAGAGUUUGCCUGUUCCAAGUGCACCUUCAUGUUGGACCGCAUGUACCGCUUCGACACAGUCAUCGCCCGCGUUGAAGCCCUGUCCCUCAAAAGAUUGCAAAGGCUCCUGCAGGAGAAACAUUGGCUGCGACACUGUAUCAGUGGACUGUACCGGAGAACCAACUCAGAUGAGGAUGAUGCAAAGUUAACUGGAACUGGUGACGGGUCAGGAGAUGGGAUGGUAGAUAUGUCAGGUUUAACUCAUGCAAAGUAUUGUGCCCUACUCCAGGAGGAUUUAGUCUACUGUCUGUAUGAGUCUUGGGCUGAAGAUGGCCUGGAGUGCCACCAUCAUCAGCACCCUCAGAGUUCUGCUGGUCCUGGGUCAGAGGCUACAGGUGUGAGCUCCCACCGCUAUGUGCACAGCACGCCCAGGAGAUGUCGGGGAUGUUCCCACUGGCGGGUGGCAGACUCUGACUAUGAAGCUGUCUGUAAGGUGCCGAGGAAGUUGGCUCGGAGUACCUCUUGUGGGCCAUCAACGAGAUACUCAGCCAGUGUUAUCGGAGGGAGUGCGACUGGGGGAGGUGGAGAGGCAGAGAGAAGAAAUGUGGAUGAUUCAGAAGAAAACCCGUCUUCUCGAACCCUGGUCCCCGGAUCCCAGGAGAGGACAUCAGACAGUGAUCGCACACUGGCUGGACGAGCCAGCUCCAGCUCUUCUGUCACCUCCCUGGAGAACGCUGAGGAAUACACUCAGCACGGAGGCAUGGCGGAUGGACGUCUGAGCUCUCACAGGGAGGACGUUGAAGACCAAAUGUCUGACUCAUUGUCUGAGGAGCACAUGGGGACACUACAAGCCUCGCCUGGGCCCAACCUUUCCCUGACCUUCUGUUUGCUGCAAAGCUGUUCUGUUUACCGGCCGGUUCGGAACAUCAGGGGAAGCAAGCUCCCCGUCCUGCUCCGACAAAGCUCUAGUAAUGGAAGGUUUAGCUUUCCUUGUCCUAUCGUAGCAACGCCUUUUAGAACCCCAGACAACCAGAUGCCAACACCUGAGCUGGAGGCCCCUCUGAUCAGGGUGGAUGUUGGGGAGCAUCCUCCUCUGAGCUUCCUGGACAUGGAGGAUGUAUUAGAAGACUUAUACAAAGAGUAUCCUCCCCAACCUCCCCACCAGAGUCUUGUGGAGGAGCAGCAGAGUCAACUCAACCAGUACGAGUGUGCGGCCGGUCAGUGUGUCAGCGAGCUGCAGAAGGCCCAGCUCCAGGUGCAAUCUCUGCAGGCAAAGAUCCAGGAGAGCGAGGCCAACAAUAUGAAGCUGCAGGAGAAGCUGACUGAGAUGGAAUGUGAGCUGAGAUUGCUCCGCCAGGCUGCUCAAAGUCAAGACAGGACCAUUCAGGGCCUCACAGAGUCCAUCAGUACCAAAGACAACGAGGCCCAGGAGCUGUAUCAUCUGAUCGAAGGACAAAACAACACUCUGUGUAAGCUCCAAGAACUGGCCCAUCGCAACCAGCUAACUCAAAGCCAGGCUUCUGUGGCGAUGAGUGAAUCCUUGACGCUGGCCCAGCUGCAGACCGAGCUGGUCCGGGUUCAGAGCUCCUUGUUCUCCGUUGGUCUGGAGCUGGAGGCCAGCCAGAGGAAUCUAAAACAGAGCCAAAGGCAAGGAGACGACCUGUUGAGAUUCAGGGACAGACUCAACUCUGACUUGCAAGAGGCCCUGCAGCAUAGGGAGGUCACUGAGAAACACAACCAGGACCUGAGCAGCGCCCUUCAGAAAACCCGCUCCGAGCUCCAGACUAAAGAAGCAGCCCUGAAGGCGUGUGAGGCAGAAAAGCUUGCAGCGACAGCGGAGAAAGACAAGAUCAUCGAACAGCUCAAACGCUUCCUGCAGGACAAGGAGCAGCAGCUCCAGGAUUAUUCUGAGAUGUUGGAGUCAACAAAAAGCUCCAAACCAAGAGAUGUCCUGCUGGAGAAGCUGAGGGAACGGAUCAAAGAAAGAGACAAAGCUCUGGAGCGCUCCAUCGACGAUAAGUUCAGCUGUCUGGAGGAACGUGACAGCCAGGUGAGGAGGCUGCAGCUGGCCCUCAGGGAGAAGGAACGAGACCUGGAGAGACUCCGCUGCAUCCUGUCCAACAAUGAAGAAACAAUCUUGAGUCUGGAUACUCUGGUGAGAGGUAAAGAUCUGGAACUGGAGCAAGCAGCGGAGGCCUACAGGAACCUCCAGUGGUUAAAGCAGAAGGGCGAGGAGAAGGAUAGGAAUGCUCUGAGAGAGAAGGACGCCAUCACUAACCAGUUACAGGCAGCGCUGCAGACACGCAGCCAGGAGGUGCAGGAUCUAACAGCCUCCCUGGUUGCUAGAGUCCAGGCUGGUCCCGCUGAGGUGGUGGAGGAGCUGAAGGCUCGUCUGGCUCUAAAAGAGAAGCUCUUCCAGGAGCUGUUGUCAGACCGCAGCUGCCAGGCUAAUGAGCACCAAGCACAGGUCCAGGAUCUGCUCAACGCGCUCACCUCCAAAGAUCAGUACCUGCAGGACUACUCCUACAGGCUGUCCUUAGUGAUUAGUGAGCGAACAAACCAGCAGCAGGAGCUCCGCAAACAGCUGACGCAGGCUGAGCAGAAGCUGUGUGGGUUGAGGAGCGACAAGGAGGAGACAGGAGGAGAAGCAGAGCAGCUACGAAGGCUGCUCAAAGAGAAGGAAACCUUCAUUAAGGAGCUGAUUCAGGCUCAGGGAGAAGCCGUGCAGAAGGAACACGAGGCAGAGAUGAAGGCUCUGCAGGAGGACUUGCAGCAGGUGCUGAAGAAGGAGAUGGAGGCUCGGAAGGAGAUUUCUGUUCUACGUCAGUCUUUGGAUGAAGUGGUUGCAAAAGACAGCACUGAUCACCAAAGUGUGUUAGAACAGCUGGCGAGUGAGUACAAUAAGCUGAAUGAUGCUCUAAAGGCUGAGAAGAGAUCAUACCAAAACCUGACACGCCUUCUCAGGAGUGACGGCAACCUAGAGAAGAUCCAGGGGCUCCACACUGAGCUCGAUUCUGUUCAGGCACUCCGUGGACAGCUAGAAGAGGUCCUGACCAGGACCCGUAGAACGGCUCUGUCACUGGAAAGGGCAGCUAAAGGGCAGGCUGUCUCUGGAGAGCUGAGCUCAGAGGAGGAGGGAGAGAAUGAAGAUGGCAGCAGUGAAGAGUUCACGGACAGCAUAGAGGAGGACAACAAAGGGAGCAGCAGAGACUUUAACUCUGCUCAGGCUUUAGCGUCGUCUCAGAGUCCUGAUGGUGUGGCUGAAGAGUCCGUCCUCCAAAAUGCUGAAAUGAAACAGCUGGAAGACGCUAAGAGGGCACUUGAAGCUGAGCUUGGAGCAAUACAGUCACAGCUGGACGAUGAUGGAUUCGGCUCUUUGGCUGAGAUGAGGACUGCCCUCCUGCUGCUGCAGCAGGAGAAUCAGGCUUUGACAGAACACCAGAGGCAAUAUGAGGGAGUGCAGCUGAGGACAAACAUGGAGGAUGACCUGAAUGAAGAAGAAGAGGAGGAAGAGUUGGAAACAUCUCCUGUGGUGUCUGGGAAGCGUGGAAUUCCAGGUGUUGGUCAGAGCCAUGAGCCCGGGAAGAGGCAUUGCAUGAGGCCACGCUCUUUGGACCUGACGUCCCACCAAUCUCACACGAAGGUUGAGUCUGCAGGGAGAGGCAGUAAGGUCGGAGGACUCUGGCAGGACAUUGAAGAGAGUCUUCAUGAGCAGAAGGUCCGUCUCCAGUCCGAUCUGACUCGGAGUCUCCAGGAGAACAGAGACCUGCAGGAGAGGCUGAUGGUUUCUGAAGCCACGGUGCAGGCUCAGGCUGAACAGCUGAAAGACUACAGAGAUCUGCUCACAGAGACAUCUGUCCAACAGGCCAGUAAACAGGUGCAGGUGGACCUCCAGGAUCUGGGUUAUGAGACCUGCGGUCGCAGUGAGAAUGAAGCUGAAAGGGAGGACACCAGUAGCCCAGAGUUCGACGACCUGGAGAUGUGCACCUCUCUGUCCCAUCAUCAGGAGUGUGAGGCUUUGGGAGGUGGCUGGUACGCAGGAAACAGAACGGCGUAUGAAAGGGAGGAAAACGAGUCGGCAUCCCUUCAGCAUCUGGUCCAGGAUCUGCGCUCUCAGCUGGCUCGUUGCCACAAAGUGAUCCGUGGCCUUCAGCUACGAGUUCGCUCAUUAUCUACCACGAGCGACUACGCUUCCAGCCUGGAGCGCACUCCUCGAAAGGUGAACUGGGCGUUUGAGAAAUCACCAGCCCCCAGUGGUGUCGAGGAGGAUGAAGGCUGGAUGUCUGACACCCAGAAGGUCCGGUCCAGCUGCAAGCCUAGCAGGGAGCUGAAGGAGCUAAUGGAAAGAGUUGCUUCUCUUGAGGCUCAGCUAAAGACAACCAAGGUGGAGGGCAAAGGUCGAGAUGAAGAGGGCAAAUGUGCCACCUGGCCUGGGAAGUACAACUCUCUGAUUCAGGCACAAGCCCGCGAGCUGUCCCACCUGAGGCAGAGGAUGAGGGAGGGGCAGGGAUUUGGUCACAUCCUGACACAACACCUGGGAGAUACCACCAAGGCCUUUGAGGAGCUCCUGCGGGCCAAUGACGUUGAUUACUACAUGGGUCAAAGCUUCAGAGAGCAGCUGGCUCAGGGCAGCGCCCUGGCACAGAGAGUUCUCACCAAGAUGAGUGGAUGUGAGCUUGCAGAGAGCCACGGGGAUACGGCAGGUCACGAGACACUUGCUUUAAGGCUGAGCAAGGAGCUGCAGCAGAAAGAUAACUUCAUAGAGUCCGUCCACACCAAACUCCAGCAACGCCCUGAGACCCCGUCCAGCUGCCACGCCCUCUCUGAGACCACCGACCAAUCAGACAGAACCUCUUUGGUGUCUGAUGAGUACCAGAUCAACGAGGACUUGGAGCUGUGCUCUGAUUUGGACACCAGGGAGUACCAGGAGGAGCAUCGGCGGCAGCAGCACGGACACACAUCAGAAGCAGAUGUCUGUCCACCCCUCCCUCUUCAUCGUGGCCUUCUCAAGACUUCCAGCAGCUGUCCCAACAUGCUUUCCUCAGCCCCAGUGGGUCUAAGCAUACAGUCAGCUGGAGACCGUUUCAGUGCAUCUGUCUCCUCCCCUUCCAUCCCCUCCAUUGGCCCUGAUGUCUGGGGUUAUGAGUUUACCUCUGACCCCCGACCUCGGGCUCUGUCUGUGAUCGCUGUUCACCCAGAGCUGGACACGCUGUACAAACAGAUGCUCCAGCAAAACAGCGGUUUUCCAGUUCCCCGCGAGAAGACUCUGUUCAGCCUUUCACCUGGUGUCCAUCACCAGCAGGAUUUCUCCAGCUACAACCAGCUAUCCCAUCAUGCCUUUCAGCAGUACUCUGACUCGGGUCUAAGACCCUUAUGGGACUCUGAGAACUUUGCUCAGCCAGUUGGAGGCUUUUCUGGACCCCAAACAGGAAGCCAAGCAGGGGUGAGUUUGAUAGAAGAGCACCUGCAAGAGGUGAGAUGCCUCCGUCAGCGUCUGGAGGAGUCCAUCAGGACAAACGAGAGGCUCCGACAGCAGCUGGAGGAGAAACUGGCCUCCACCGGGCGAGAUGGAGCAGCGCCAACAAACAUCUACAUCCAGGGCCUGGACACAGUCACUCAGCUGUCUAAUGAGAUCAGAGUCCUGAAAGAGGAAAACCUGGUUCUCCAGUCCCGCCUGCAGGACAACACAGAUUCAAAUGCGGAGGUAGUGCAGCUGCGAGAGGCAGUAUUCACAACACGUACCCGUCUAAAGCAGGCUGAGCUGGAGGCCGAGCAGUGGAAGGAGGAGCUGCGACGCCUGCAGACCCACACUCGGGAGCAGGGGCAGCAGAUUCAUGAGUUACGACAGGAGCGGCAGGCCGGCCAGGACAAAGCAAACAGGCACCAGCAUGAGGCGUCUCUGCUGCAGCAGCAGCUGAGUGAGAGCAGGGAGCUGAUCCACUCGCUGCAGAGCGAGCUGCACGUCUACGACCGAGUGUGUUCCAGCACAAAGGCAAACAAAGGGUACCUGUGUGAGGUCGCAGGUCUCCCUGUGGAGCUGGGGGAGCUGCUUGGGGAAGUGAGGAGUCUGCGGGCGCAGCUGCAGAGCAGCGUCCAGGAAAACAGUGCCCUGAAGCAGCUGGAGCUCCACAAGCAGCUGGAACAGAAGCUGGGUGUGGGGUCAUCUCGGACUCCGUCUCUGUCUGCCCUUACCGCCAGUCCACAGAGAGAAACCUUCUACAGACGACAGCUGCUGCACGACCCAGCUCCGUCUCCACCAGUCAGGGACAUCGGUCUGUUUAACUGUGGAUCUCCUGGUCCGCCCUACUCUGACCUGGAUGACAGCCAUAGCACGGCAAAUGACCCUCUCGAUCCACACUCUGAACUGGAAGGGGAGGCCCCAGAUGGAUCGUUUGCAAAUCGUAACGGGCGUCACGUUAUCGGUCAUGUGGAUGACUUCAGCGCUCUCCAGCAGCAGGUCCUGGAAGGUCGUGGCCUCGUCCAGCGCAUGGAGAUGACCCUGCAGGCGUGCCUCGACCCCCCGCUGCUGGAGGGAAACCAAAUAGAGCCGGUUCUGGAAUAUGGAUGUGUUAGGAAUCUUCUGUCCAACACCAAAACGCUGAGGCAGAUCCUGGAGGAGGCAACAUCUCUGCUGAAGAUGUUCUGGAGAGCAGCUCUUCCGAGCACUGACCCCUCCGUCCAAAACCUUAAGAAGGAGCAGUGCAUGCAGGAGGAGAUUUUGUCCCUAAAACUGAGAAUAUCAGAGCAAGAGGAGGUUCUGAAAGGGACAGUGCAGAGACUAAGGAGCACCAGUCGCACCAAGGAGAGCAUGGAGCACUUCAUAGUAAACCAGUUGUCAAGGACUCGUGAUGUUCUUAAAAAAGCCAGGACGAAUUUAGAGAAGAACGAGCUGAGACUUUCCUCUCUAAGCUCCUCCCCUUCCUCUCCUUAUGCUGCUGAGAACUCAGGACAGCAGCCUGCCGAUUGCAGUCUCCUGAAAACCAGCGGCGCUCUUGGAGUCUCCAGGCCAGCAGCCAAUCAGCGCACGGCAGCGAGAAAACGCAGCAGCCAAUGCCUGCUUUAGACUUUUUUUUUUUUAAAAAGAGCCAGCUCAAUGCUACGACCUCUGACCUCUGUGCUAAACCAGCCAAGUCCCUCCACCUUCUCCUCCAUCCAGCCAUGCCCUUCAUUCUUCCCUCCUCAGGAGUAUAACCUGCAACAACGAGCCUCCCCCUCCCACCUGUUCGUGUCCCCCCCCCUCCAUCACAUGCCUUAUUGUCUUUGAGUGAAACAGCUUGUCUCGUGUGUGCAACAGAAGGUUGAUCGAAAAGUGCUUCUGGUGGAUCUUUUGAUUGAACUGUGUGAGGAAGACCUCAGCUGCUGAUCUAUGACACACACGAUCAUGAGUCAGAGUUAAGUUUCUAUAAUUCACCCUUUCUGGGUCAGACAGCCUGUGGAUGAAAGAAAAAUAUGUAUGUGCAUGUUGAAAAAUGCUUGUGAGAGGAAUUCUGCACAUGCGUGAACACACUCGGAGAGUUCGAUUAUCUCACUCAAAGACAGCUCACCUGUCACUUUAAUCUCCAUGUUGUUGUCUUUUUUUCAGUAAAAUCAACAAGGACAUUCAAACAAAUGCAAUGCAAAAAAAAAAUAAAGAGGACUUCAUAACUGAUCAUUACACAUGUUGGAGGAAUGUACAGUAGGCUGUGUUUGUUUCUAUGGAGGAAGCCUUUGAAUGAGAAGUCAGCCAUCAGCCAAGGUUUAUUAAUAUUUAAGAAAUGCCGCUGAAAGGUUGUGUUUAAGUCCCGGGCCUCUCCGUUACAAAAUCCAUUCUAUUAAAUGAGAUCGUUGAGCUGGAGCCGUGAGAGGUUCAAGGACAGAAAUGAAACCAGACUAAACACACGCUCACUCCUCAGUGGGAGUUUUCAUGAGAUUGUGCAAUAAUGAUGUUUCUCCGGUAAUUAUGCUGCACCAGUGUUAGGAUUCACUCUAUUUAUUCGUGGUUUGGACACAACCAGUGUUACGAUUGUACUUGUUUCUUGAGUUUUGAUGCAUGACGGAGAUUGUAAAUGAAACUCUUAAACGAUAGAGGGGAGAAUUGUCGACACUUGCCAAAGUUUGAGCUUGGAACUUGUCACUCUGACUUGCCUUAUCCAUGUGAAUGGUCUAACCCUGAUCGGAUCAGCCUCAGGGCUCACCGACGUGUCUCUCUUUUUCUUUCCACCGGAUUUCAGAACCCCAUCCACGGUAAACGUUAAACUGGUGGUUCAAGUCACUGAAAACUUUUAUUAUUCUUUUGGACCAAAACCUGACAAAGUGGAUUUUUCCAGCAAGGCAAAGUGUUAUAGCCUUAGUUUUAGAUGUAGCAUUCCCAUGGCAAUGGCAAAGUAGACUAUUGAGUUCACACAAACUUUGGCAGGCUGCUUGUCAUUUUUCUGUUGUUUGUUGAGUUUAUUUUGGGUGUGUUUGCUUGCUGUACAUGUGCCAUUUCAUGCUGUAAAUAUCCCGCUGUCAUGUAUGAAUUUUGUGUGUGUUUGUGUGGACUUGUGAGAACAUUUGCCCUUCUUUUGCAAAGUUAUUUAUCGGGGUAGCCGUGCAAUAGCUUCCUUCAUUAUUUUACGUGUGUGUUUGCUACUACCUCCUGCAGUGUACGUCUGACGGGCUGUGUGUGUGUUGAGGAUCAAGCCACUUUUAAUGGAUUAAUCACGUGGGUUGAUGAGUAGUCACAAACUAUGCCUUCAAGAUAUUUAAUUCACAGAUCGCGUAUGGCAGAGUUCUGAUUAGUAUUGCUUCGCUUGCCUUUGACUUUUAGCCUGAGAGUGUUUUUAGUCUGCCCUCCAUGGUAGAAAUGGCCUUGAGUAAGCUACUUAUUUUCUGCUAAAUUAGGAUUUGUUUACGCCUAAAUCUUCUCAGCAAUUUCAGUGAAGAGAUCAGAGGUUAAUAGGGAUGAUUUUGAAGAAUUUAGAUUAACUUCUGAAAUCUUUAUUAGACUAAAGAGUCCCCGAAGCUCCUUGUUAGAGCGUAAACAAAGCCUUUUUGCUCUUUGCCAUUAAGAAGAAAACCAAACAAUGUAUUGUUAGUACAGAGUUGCAUAUGUAUAUAGUGCUAUCUGAUUUGUGCAGAUUUAUUCUGAGUAUGUGCAUAAUAAUGAGCUAGUUCUGUGCAGGACUCGUGUGGAUCCUGUUGCUGUUGGCAAAAGUAUUAGGAAGAAGCAUUUUUGAAAAAGAAUGAAUAAAACUCUGGAAAAUG